AUGCUGCGGCGAGAGCAGACUAUGCCGGAGUAUUCUGAGCAUGAGAUAGAGAUGACGAAAUCCCCCAACAAGCGUCGCUCCAUGGAAGUUACUCGCCAAAAUUUCCAGACUGUGUUGAAAAUGCAGAAAGGAAAUGCGAGCUCUGAAGUUGUUUCACCGACGAAAACCUCUCAGCUCGACCACGUUAGCGAGGACCCAUCAUCCAUGGUUGACAGCAGCUUUGUCGAGAUUGUCGACGUCGUCAGAAAAGUGACUGCAAAAGAUUUCCAACCCGACGAAGAGAUUACAAUCCUAGAGAUCAAGAACGACCUGCAGUCGUGCAUGUAUCAGAUCAGCCGGCAGCCAAGUCCGGCCGCGCACGUGCGGACCAGAAGGAGUGAUUUCUUCGUUUCGUUGGACGAGGACGUGGAAGAAGUCAAGAAUCAGAAUCAAAGCAACCUCCAGUUUCGAGAUCUGCGCUGUCUACAGGGGAUAUCCAACUCGGUCUUGAUGGUCAGAAGAGGAAGUUUGGUGAUCAGUUUGGAUGUGAUGAGGGCUGUUGUGACAAGAGGAGCAUUGUACAUCGUUGUUCAAGAUGGUGCGGAUGCGGUCCUUCAGCCUUUGCUACCUCGUCUCGAGUCACUGAAAGAUAUUCCCGAGGACUAUCCUUUUGAGCUACAAGCCCUCGAGGCGAUCCUUUACACCGUCUUCAACUGGCACAUUGACAAGGUCAAGAGGUGCCUGAACAAGGCCCACAACAUCCUGAGCAACAUCGACGUCAUAUUGAACGAUGAGAUUCUCAAUCAAUUCGCAGCACUGCAGAGGAGCAUAGACAAGGAGCUCAAACACGUGGAGGAUGUGGCCAAGGCUGUAGACGAGCCGCAGAGCAACCAUUCCCUCAUGGCUCAGAUGUUUCUAGCUUCUCCCAACGAGCAAGGGAAUGCAGAGCUGGUGGAAUCGCUGCUGGACGGAUACAGCAUGGUGUUUGAGAUGAUGCUCUUGCAUCUUCGCAGCCUCGAUCGCGAUAUCGACUCGCUGCAAGACAUGGUUCAGCUUCGCCUAAAGAUAAGGAGAAAUCGCAUCAUCGUUGCAGACAUGCGAUUCACCUUCGCCACCACCGUCUUUGCCGCUACUGCGCUGGUCGGGGCUUUCUUUGGGGAGAACUUGAAGUCUGGUCUCGAGCCCUUCCAGCCCGCCAGUCCCUCCAUCGCUACCAACGCUGAGUCUCCAUGGCCUUGGAUGAUGGUCACCCUGGGUUCCUGCAGCGCUGCUAUCUUGACCAUUGGGUCUGUGCUGAUCUGCCUGCAUUUCUCGGGAUUAUUCCGCUGA